CCUACCUAGCUAAGGUAUCUAACCUGUUGCCGAUUAUUAUUGACUCCAUUAAAAGUGCCGGUACCAUAUCUCAUUACACAAUCUACCUCUUAACCUCGUAUACUGGGCCAUUGGUUUUACAGCCUAUAUUACCUACCAUGCAUACGUGUGGUGACCCUGGGUCGAAUCAAGCGCUGACCUGAGUUGGUGGCGGAUCCCCAUCUAACUCCUUACCCCAACAGCCGCGAUGGUCUGGAGCUUGUUACACGAGAAAUAGCCAGUCUCUGUAUCAUUACUAGCAACGAGGCGCACCCGCGUUGGUUAUCACAAAUACACAGUUGUGCAUAUCUGACAGUGGCGGGUUGUGUGGUACACACCAUCCGUUUUAGUCCGAGACUGCAUCUAUCAAAUGUAUUCAAAUCCUGGCAAUACCUUGUAAUUCUAUCAAAUCUCGCUCGGCAUGCGUAAGGCUUGCGCAAUCAUGGCUGUACGCAAGUCAGCCGCCAGUUGUACAACCUCAACAACUAUAGAUCUUCCUCCGCUACGGAUACUGCUGUUCUGCUAGCUAGUUUAUUUACUAGUAGAGAAAUUGAACCACUAAGUUUGUCGCUGCCAAUAAUUAUCAUCAUCUCUGGAUAGUAUUUGCUACUUACCUCCUUACCUUGGAUCUGCUUUGUAGGCAUGAUGCCCGAGCAAAAAUAUGAAGAAUAUCGUCUUCUGGGUUCAGACGAUGAGCCAGCUAGCGAUUCGGCCACAUCUAACGAGAAUCGCCAGGCUAAGAGUCUAACUAUACCCUCGUGUCUACUGAGUAAGGACAUAUGGAAGGUAUUCGCCGUUGGUUUUAUAUUCACACUAUCGCUGGCAGCAGGGUUAGUUAUAGGUUCGAAACUGCAAAAGGCAAGCCACGUCAAUACAAUAUUAUCCUACCCUAAACUUGAGUACUCACGAACCAAUACGCUGUGGUGGAAUACAGAAUACAGCGCCGAGGAUGCGGAAAACGCAGUACUAAACCAACUUUGGGACAGCAUGAUCCCAUGGGAAAGUGGAAUUAUUGCGCUCUCCAACGAUGAAUCUGAGGCAUUAAAUCUCCCCGAUUCUCAGCCAUUUCCAUGGGACUCUAGUCGGAAGAAAAUAUAUAUUAUCAAUGCCCAUCAUCUACUGCAUUGUGUUAGGAAUAUUUAUAUAUCCAUCCAGCAAUACCGUACCAACAAAACACAAUCAAUAAGCUAUUCGCAUAUACUACACUGUUUAGACAGUUUGCGUGUCGAAACAAUGUGUGCGGCGGACGAGACUCUCCGCUACGUUCCCUUGAAUUCAGUUCAUGGAUUCCGGCCAGGUGAUGGACAGCAGCGGAAAUGUCGCGACUGGAAUAAGCUUCAAGAAUUCGCUGAAGCGCACAGCCCAUGUUAUCGCUAUCUUCAACCAGGUAAUACGACUUUCUCAAACUUGGAGCGCUUCAAAUUCUGUCCCGAAGACUCUGGAUAUUUGCCCAAGAUUCGCAAGUAUUUCGGCUAUGGUACUGAUUGGGCUCCCGAGGCACCAGAGGGUCCAAGGGAACUGGAAUGGUAAAGUUAAGAAUGGUAGUAUAAUAAGAUAUAGGAGCAUAAGCUUUAUUUAUUGAAAAUAAAGGGAUUAAGGCUAAGCCAAUGUUGUUUUAACUCGAGUUCGUUAUGAAACUAUUCUGCAUUUUUCAUAUUAAGUGGUCUUACGGGCCAUCUUAGAUGCUUUGUACAUAAAUGGAAGACCAAGGUGUGUAAGUUGGUCGGUAUGUCGUAACUGAAACUCGAGAGAGUGAUGCAAUCUGGUAGUAUUAUUCCAAAUAGUAAAACCUGGUGAAGCAACGUUAGGGGGUCACGACUCAAGUCCGCAUCCUUCCUAGAUUCACUUGAGCACUGGUCAUAUAGAAUCAAUACCGAGG